CCUCUCUCAUCCUCCCUUCCCUUCCCUGCUCCCCUCCCCUCUUCUCCUCCCCUGUCACCUCCUUCCGUCGCCUCCCAUCUCAGGCCGGAGGAGUUGUGGGUCCGAGGACAACAGCGCUCCCUCCUUGAGGCUCGUCUCUUCCCGGUCCUCCACCCCAGAGGCGGAGCUGUGAGUCUGGAGGGAGGUGUCGGCUGGCUGUUGGGGGGCGGCGGCUGCCUGCGGAGGUGGAGGGAAGCGUGGAGGCUCUCUCUGAAGGAGGUGAUGUCCCUCACCCACCAGGAGGCGGAGCUGCAGUGGAGGGAGGAGCUACUGUUCCUGGCAGGGAGGAGGAGAGUGGCUGACUCCCUGAGGAGGCGCUCAGACGUCUGCAUGCUGCCCAGCUUCAGGGCCGCCGUGCUGGGGGGCCGGCAGGAGGCGCUGCUGGAGGCGCUGGACGGCAUCGCAGCAGGAAGCGGGCAGCAGGGGGCGGAGUCAGGCGCAGAGCUGGGCGUGGCCGCUCGCUGUCUCUCCUGCAUUGCAGACGUGUUGGUGUGCAUGGCGGGGGGGAGGGGUGGGCUGAGGAGCGGACCGGCCGCUAACGAGGCCUGGAGCUCCGCCUACUUGCUGUUAGAGGAGGGUGACCUGAGGG